UAAAAUGUUUUAUUUACCAUUAUAAAAACUUAAAACUAAAUAACAGUUAAAAUUACCUAAACAUUAUAUAAACAAAGAAUGAAGAAUGUCUUAAAUAAUGAGUUUUAAUCAUGUUUUAAUAUUCUUUGAUAAAACUAUCUCAAUCCAACGAGAGAUAAGCAUAACUGUGGCAAUGAUUAUCUGCCAUAAAACCACAUAAAAGUAAAUUGUUUUUUUUUCUCAUUUUUUGGAUGUCGUCUGUAGAAAUCGUUGGAAAAAUCAAAGGAAAAAAUAGAUUGUAAUUUUACGAACCCCGCGCAUUCACCAAAUUAUUAAUUUAAAAACUGCUCUAAAAAUGGAACUUCCACUUAAGUUUAUCUUUUCUGGCCCUUCAAAGGAUUAAAAAAUUUAAUCCGUUUUAAAUCAAGAUACCUCACUUUUGAAUGUUAUCAGUAUCUUUAUCAACAACAAUACUAUUUAGUUUAAUUUUAAAAUUCAUUUUCAAUACCUUCUUGCUACGAUAUAAAACUUAAUUUUAAUUCGGAGUUAUUAAAUAUUGUCGUUUACAAUGGCAAAGGAAAAUCUUUGGAAGUUUGUUAUAAUUCUUUCAAUAGCAAGCUAUGCCAUAGGAUUGAAAUGUUAUACAUGUUCAUGUACUGAAGAUGAUUCUGACGCAUCAUGUGCUGAUAAUGUGGAAUCUUUGGGUACCAGUGCCAUAACAGAUUGUGACAAAAAAUACUGUACAAUAACUCGAGUAGACUACAAGGAUCCUAAAGGAAAACUGCAAUCUAUUAAUAGAAAUUGUGUUGAUAAACUUAAUCAACCUGAUGGUAUUACUGAAGAUGAAAGUUACAGAAGUUACUCAAGGUCUUGCAAGCAAGAUUUAUGCAAUAAUGGAACUGGAAAGGGAUCAUCGUCAAGCCGGGGAAGUAGUUUAGGAGACAAAUCAACUAUUUAUGCUCCUGGAAUAGGCUCCUCCUCUUCUAAACUACUUCAAACAUCUAUAUUUCUAAUUCUAAUUACUAUACUUACAUUAUUAACCAUUCAAUAAAUUAAAAAAAUACAUAAUGAAUAGUUUUAUAUAUAGCUUAUAGUUAAUAUAUGUCUGCUCUUCGCUUUAACUUAUUAAACAUUUUUGUUACA